ACCCGUUGACGUUCGCGGACUUCCAAUGGAUGCCCGUUCCCCCGACCGGUCGAUUGCCGAAACCGCAUUGCAAUGUGCUCAUGGCACAAUUGCGGGAUUACUUGCACACUGCAGUACCAACUCCGCUGAUGGACGCCGGAGUAGAGGUUGUCGACCUUCACACGUACAUUGCGAAGAUCGACCGCGAGUUCAAGACACAACGGGACGACGACAUCGACGCACCAUUGUUAUAUGUACGCAUUCAGAUCGGAGAGGCGACCUGCAAUGCUUUGAUCGGUUGCGGAGCAUCUCGCAACUACAUGAGUCAGGACUUUAUGGUACGCGCCGGCCUUGGCCCACGCGUCCGGAGGAAGUCCCAGCCGACGCAAGUCACAUUGGCAGAGAGUCACAUGCACAAGUCAAUCGACCGGUGCAUUGAUGCCGUCCCCGUGUACUUUGCCCCGCAUGCAAGCAAGGCGGUGUCCUUUGAUAUAUUGGACACCAAAUUCGACAUGAUCUUGGGCAUGUCAUGGCUGCGAAGCGUGGAUCACCUGGUGAACUUCUACCACCGCACCGUUCACAUUCGUGAUCGGAACGGAGUACUAGUCCCAUGCACGGUGCCUCUUCCUCAUCCUUCGAUCAGUUGCCACGUGGUGUCCGCAGCAAGCAUGCGAGCUUCCAUCAUCAGAGACGACAUCGAGGAGAUGGGGGUGUGUUUUCUCCACGCCCUCCCUCCCCAUGACGCUUCAUCGACGGACUCAUCUUCGGACCCACGCAUCACCGACCUUUUCGACGCCUACGGCAACGUGUUCGAAGGACCGCACGGAGUAGUACCGGAUCGGCCCAUCCGCCACGAGAUCAUCCUCGAGGACGGGGCUGUACCUCCACGCGGUUGCAUCUACCGAAUGAGCGAGAAAGAGUUAAGUGUGCUACGGGCACAACUCGACGACCUUCUAGAGAAAGGCUGGAUUCGGCCUAGCUCAUCGCCAUACGGUGCUCCUGUUCUCUUCGUCCGGAAGAAGAACAAGGAUUUGCGGUUGUGCAUCGAUUAUCGCAAGCUCAACGCGCAAACGGUUAGAAACGCCAGCCCUCUUCCGCACAUCGACAACCUCCUCGAACGGCUGGGCAGCGCCAAGUUCUUCUCCAAGCUUGACCCUCAAGUCGGGAUAUCACCAACUCGAGAUUCGGCAGGAGGACCGUUACAAAACGGCGUUUAAAACGCGAUAUGGGCAUUUCGAAUGGCUGGUUAUGCUAUUUGGCCUUAUGAAUGCCCCGACCAC